AUAGGGAGGCUUUACUUCAGAGACUGUCGGCACAAUGCGGUGAGCAAAUGCAGGCUUAUGAAGACUGCGUCGUGUCAAAUCCCAACAGCUGGAGUAAGGAUUGUGCCAAGCUCGAGGAAAACCUCUCCAACUGCACAGACAAAAGUGAUGGUGCUGUGUUUCAAGUGAGAACUGCCUGUGAGAAGUCGCUUGCGGCAUACCGCGAAUGUGUGGAAAAGAACAACUCUGAGCCAGAUGUGUGUGAGAUGGAGGUGACCGCCUUUGUGGACUGCGCGAACAACUUCUUGUUUGAAAAGGAGAAGGACGCCGCGGCGGAAUAGAGUGGCACUCCCAAGAAGCGUGCUUGGUAUGCUUCUUCCGAUUGAUGGUGCAGUCUUCAGCCUUGAGCUGAGCGUGGCACGUGCGUGUGUAUGUUAUCGAAUGAAUGGUCAUAUCCGUUGCCUAAGGCCAGGCAAUCCGGAGAUAGUAUAAUUCAUUGUCUCUGCUGAGACCAACGGUGUGUACUGUAUACUGUGUGGAAUCACAUCGGGAAUCGUUGUGACUAAAGAUAGUGAGCUACUAUCUAUAUCCUCGCGAUGUCGGAUGGUGUAAGACUAAAGAUCGGGCUGCGAAGGAUAGCGCGUGUAUAGUGUUAUUGGGGUCAGCAAGUCAUGGAUGAUACCUUCAGAACGCACGUACGGCUUAUGGACUGGUUGUAUGGAUGGACGCAGAGAUACAUGGAUUGUGCGCAUGGAGUGAGUUUAGAGAUAGGACGGCCGGGACUACGAAAUAAUCGUGGUGGAAAUCCCGGAAAUCGGCACAUAUGCGUAGAAGAUUUGAUCGACACUUCUCAGCAGGGCAACUUGUCUUGACCUAUGUAGUACACUAUGCCAAGGGAAUAUCUGAUGUACGUGGGUACGGCUUGCUGUAACGAGUAUCAGACGUAAUGCGGUGUGUUCUAGUGCAGCUGACACAGCACAGUAGAGGGUGGAUACAAUGCUCGGUAAGUGUAGACAAGGACUUAGUAGGGUCAAGGGAUAAAUAGGGUUAUACAGAGGGUUGUCCGUGAACGCAUUACGCUCAUUAGCCUAUCCAUACUUUCAGAAUCCAACGUCUACCUGUCGAUGUGUCCAAGCUUCUUGUAUGUGACACGCGCUCCGCAUCACGUCCGAUAUCUCUCAUCCUGAAGUGACGCACGUGCACACCUGCCGUUUGGAGGGGAACGGGCUAGCAGUGGAUUCGACGAUACGAUUCAAACGAUACAACAAACAUACGGAGUCAGGUGUAGUUGAGAGGUUUAAUUAGCAUAUUAAAAUAGGAAGUAGUAGUACGAAGAUGUUUUGGCGGUUAGUAAAUGGAGGCGUUGAAUACAGUACUUCAAUUUACUGCAUUUGCAUAGUCAUAAUAAGACAGAUUGCACGAAUCGGGAUUCGAAUUGAAAUAUUAUAUUGGAUUCACAGUAGGUUCAUUGCUGGUAACGCAUGGUGCAGUCAA